AUCGUUGUUGGGAAUGGGGGUGACAUUGACGAAACUAAAAACCGUUUCAGUUUCACUUGAUGAUUUAGUAUAUAAGGUACUUGUAAUGUUUGUGUAUUAGUUUGUCAACCCACUUAUGAAUGACUUGAAUGAUUUUUAGAAUAACCAAAGAUACAGCCCACACAACUUAAUUCUUUGUUCUUCUUCUAUAAUUUAAUUUUUUUCUUCAAUAUCCUUGUUACUUACAUUCAAUUAAUUAUUCAUUACAAAAUCAAUAUAUAUCAGUUCCGGUCAUCAAACCUCUACUAAAUAUCAAUACUACUACUACGACGACAACUACUACGAUUGAUUGAUAUUACAGAAAAAAACCAAUCAUUUAUAAUUAUUAGAAAAAAAAACAAACAAAUGGCCACCAUCAACAACAACAGCAACGAAACAAUGAAGGUUAAUGUUCAAAGCCCAAAUAUUCGUUAUACAGAUGAAACAAUCGAAGCAGAUUAUGAAUAUGAUAAUGUCAAAUGUAUUCGAGAUGAAAAAACCAAUUCAAUUAAGAUCUAUCCAAUGAAAUCGGUUUUGACAUUUCGUACUGAACGUCGAAUACCACGUACAGGUUUAAUGAUGAUCGGUUGGGGUGGUAAUAAUGGUACAACGGUUACGGCUUCAAUAAUUGCCAAUAAAAAUCGUAUGUCAUUCAUGACAAAAGAUGGUGAAGUGAAAGCCAAUUAUUUUGGUAGUAUAACACAAUCAAGUACAAUAUUCUUGGGCUAUGAUGCACAUGGUAAAGAAUUAUACAUCCCGAUGAAAGAUAUAUUACCAAUGGUCGAUCCAAAUGAUUUAUUCAUUGAUGGUUGGGAUAUAUCCGGUAUGAAUCUUGCUGAUUCAAUGACAAGAGCAAAGGUGCUUGAUAUUAAUUUACAAGAACAACUUUGUCCAUAUAUGCAACAAUAUCGACCACGUCGUGCAAUCUAUGAUCUGGAUUUUAUUGCAGCCAAUCAAAAAGAACGUGCCGAUAAUGUAAUUGAAUCGAAAGAUAAAUGGUCACAAGUGGAACAGAUUCGUGCCGAUAUACGUGAUUUUAAAAAACAAAAUAAUCUCGAUACAGUCAUUGUAUUGUGGACAGCUAAUACUGAACGUUUUACUAAUGUUAUGGAUGGCAUCCAUGAUACAGCUGAUAAUUUGUUGACUGCCAUCAAACGUAAUGAAGCUGAAUUGGCACCAUCAGCUUUGUAUGCUGUUGCAGCUAUCCUUGAAAAAUCUACUUACAUUAAUGGCUCACCACAGAAUACAUUCGUACCUGGUCUAAUUGAAUUAGCUGAACGUGAACAGGUGUUCAUUGGUGGUGAUGAUUUUAAAUCUGGCCAAACAAAAUUUAAAUCCGUUCUUGUGGAUUUUCUUGUAUCGGCUGGUAUUAAACCAUGUUCAAUUGUUAGCUAUAAUCAUUUAGGCAAUAAUGAUGGCUAUAACCUGUCGGCACCGAAACAAUUUCGUAGUAAAGAAAUUUCCAAAUCAAAUGUUGUCGAUGAUAUGGUUGAAUCGAAUCAGAUACUUUAUGGACAAGGUAAACAUCAUCCUGAUCAUACAGUGGUUAUUAAAUAUGUACCAUAUGUUGGAGAUUCAAAACGUGCUAUGGAUGAAUACAUUAGUGAAUUAAUGUUGGGCGGAAAGAAUACUAUUGUCGUACAUAAUACCUGUGAGGAUUCAUUAUUAGCAUCACCAAUUAUUUUGGAUUUGGCCAUUCUUGCUGAACUUUGUCAACGUGUUACAUUCAAGAUUCAUAAUCAUAAGGAAACACAAUUUCAACGUUUCAAUUCAAUUUUAUCCAUUCUAUCCUAUUUGCUUAAAGCACCAAUCGUUGAACGUGGUGCAAAUGUUGUCAAUGCAUUAUUCAAACAACGACAAUCAAUUGAAAAUUUAUUACGUGCAUUGAUUGCAUUACCACCAGUAAAUCAAUUGAAUCUACAGGCCAAAUGUUCGGAUCGUACACAAUGGUAUGAAGAAUUGAUACAGCCAAUUCUUAAGAAUAAUGAAUUGAAUUCAACACGAAUUGCACCACCAUUCAAUGGUUUUAUGAGUGGACAUUGAAACAAGAAAAAAAUCAGCCAACAAUAAUAAUACAUACGUAAACACUAUUUACAAAACUAUUUCCCUUCACCCAUUGCCCAUUUUUUUCCAUAAUUUCGAUAAAAGAAACAACAAAACCCAUUAA